GCUGAGGCGGCAGCGGGCGGAGGUCCCGGCUCCCCGGCUCGGGCUCCCGCGGCUGCGGGCUCGGCGACGCGGCCCCGGGGCAGGCAGCGAGGCCGGGGCGGGCCGUGGCGCCCCGCGCCCCUCCCGCCAGGCCCGCCAUGCAGGGCCCUUUCGCGAACGCGAGCCGCGGGGUGCCGGGCGGGCCGCCCUCCACCGCGGCGGCCGGGGCGGGCCGCUGCGAGAGCGGCGCGCUCAUGCACAGUUUCGGCAUCUUCCUGCAGGGGCUGCUCGGCGUCGUGGCCUUCAGCACGUUGAUGCUCAAGCGCUUCAGAGAACCAAAGCAUGAAAGGCGGCCAUGGAGGAUAUGGUUCUUGGACACAUCCAAACAAGCCAUUGGCAUGCUCUUCAUCCACUUCGCCAAUGUGUACCUGGCAGACCUCACCGAAGAGGACCCGUGCUCACUGUACCUCAUCAACUUCCUUCUGGAUGCCACUGUGGGCAUGCUGCUCAUCUAUGCCGGCGUACGUGCCGUCAGCGUCUUGGUAGAGUGGCAGCAGUGGGAAUCCCUGCGUUUUGGCGAAUACGGAGACCCCCUGCAGUGUGGAGCCUGGUUCGGGCAGUGCGCGUUGUACAUCGUGAUCAUGAUUUUUGAGAAGUCUGUCGUCUUUAUCGUCCUCUUGUUCCUGCAGUGGAAAAAGGUGGCCCUGCUGAACCCCAUUGAAAAUCCCGACCUGAAGCUGGCCAUCGUCAUGCUGAUCGUCCCCUUCUUUGUCAACGCUCUGAUGUUCUGGGUAGUGGACAAUUUCCUCAUGAGGAAGGGGAAGACGAAAGCAAAGCUGGAAGAAAGAGGGUCCAGCCAGGACUCGAGGAACGGGAGCAAGGUCCGCUACCGGAGGGCCGCGUCCCACGAGGAGCCCGAGGCUGAGAUCCUGAUCUCAGCUGACGACGAGCUGGAGGAGUCAGACGUGGAGGAGGACCUCUGCAGGCUGACCCCACUCAAGCCUGGGAAGAAGAAGAAGCACCGCUUCGGGCUGCCCGUAUGACACAUUCCUAAGCUGGGGGCGCCAGGCUGGGGCCCAGCCAGUCAGCCCACAGCAUCCCGCCUCCCCUCGUCCCGCCACGCCCUCCUUCUACCUCUGUUCCUCUCACUGUCUCAAACCCACUCCACCUGCCCCACACUACUGUGACUUAACCACAAGGGACGUGGGACCAGCACCCCAGGCGCCCUGGACAGCUGGAGGUCCCCCUACUCAGUUGCACUACAAACACUGACCAAAUAUGCAAGCGAGUUUUGUCUGUCUGUCGUUGUCCCGAACAGCAUUGCCUGGGACCCAAAGCUCCUGUCCUGUGUGACUGGUGACCAGUGGAGGAAUGCCAGGCUCACAUGGCCGGCCGGCAGGUCCAGUCACCCAGGCCACGGCACUGUGAAUGCUGAGUGUGCUGGGGGCCUGGAGUCCACCCUGCCCAGGGCGGAGGCAAGAAAGCCCAGCUAC